GUCAAGUCUGCAAUCAAACGGCUCUUGCUGGACUCUGCAGCGCAGCGCAACCCCUUGACAAACCUCCUGCCUUUGCAUCCUUCAAAUUGGUGGCCUUUGGUCGAGGAUGCAUUUUCUUCGCCCGUUUGCAGAAAUUUGUCAGAGAGCCUGCUCGCGAAGGCAAUGGACCAUGCGGAAUGUCGGAGCGGCGCUGUCUUAGGAUUGAUCCCUGCAGCUGGUGAAGGGCCUUCUCACAUACUGCACUGCUUGCAAUCAGCGCUGCCUGAGCGAGGGCUACAGCAGGUUGAGCACAUUGCAGUUGACAACCCUUCAGGCAAGCUCUUUCAAGAGUUGAAGGGCACCUUGUGCAAACUAACCAGCGUGUCCUUAGACCCUACUCAUGCCUGCAUGCACUACGAGCAGGCGCUUGGCAAGCAUCGUUCCGCCGGAUCUGGUACGCUGCGAAAGUUUAUGGCCAAGUUUUGUGGACGAGACCCUGAUAUCACGGCCAACAUAUGGGGG